CAUGAAGCCGCAGCCGCCGGGCUAGGCCCGGGGCGGCUCCAGGCCUGGGCGGCCCGCAGAGGGCUGGGCCGGUCCCCGGCUCCGGUUCCCGGGGCGGCGGGUGCCCACUCACCAUGCCAGGCAAGCACCAGCAUUUCCAGGACCCCGAAGUCGGCUGCUGCGGGAAAUAUUUCCUGUUUGGCUUCAACAUUGUCUUCUGGGUGCUGGGAGCCCUGUUCCUGGCCAUCGGCUUCUGGGCUUGGGGCGAGAAGGGUGUUCUCUCCAACAUCUCGGCGCUGACAGAUCUAGGAGGUCUAGACCCUGUGUGGCUGUUUGUGGUGGUUGGUGGUGUCAUGUCGGUGCUGGGCUUCGCUGGCUGCAUUGGUGCCCUCCGGGAAAACACCUUCCUGCUCAAGUUUUUCUCCGUGUUCCUCGGCCUCAUCUUCUUCCUGGAGCUGGCGACAGGGAUCCUGGCCUUUGUCUUCAAGGACUGGAUUCGAGACCAACUCAAUCUCUUCAUCAACAGCAAUGUCAAAGCCUACCGGGAUGACAUUGACCUUCAGAACCUUAUCGACUUUGCUCAGGAAUACUGGUCUUGCUGUGGCGCCCGAGGGCCCAAUGACUGGAACCUCAAUAUCUACUUCAACUGCACUGACUUGAACCCGAGCCGUGAGCGCUGUGGGGUGCCCUUUUCCUGCUGUGUUAGGGACCCUGCGGAAGAUGUCCUCAACACCCAGUGUGGCUAUGACAUCCGACUCAAACUGGAGCUUGAACAGCAGGGCUCCAUCUACACCAAAGGCUGUGUGGGCCAGUUUGAGAAGUGGCUGCAAGACAACCUGAUUGUGGUGGCCGGGGUCUUGGUGGGCAUUGCCCUCCUCCAGAUAUUCGGCAUCUGCUUGGCCCAGAACCUCGUGAGUGACAUCAAGGCAGUGAAGGCCAACUGGAUCAGCCAUGGUGAUGGCUACAAACUACUCAAUAAACGACACUUUGAAAAACAGUGGCUUAUACUCACCAUCUUCGAAGGCUCUGUUGGCAGCGCCGCCUCAGAGCUCUCCAGGGAGGGCCCCGGCCUGCACCCAACCGCCUAGCGAGGUCUCACAGGUCUGGGUGACUUAUGCACCUGAGAUAGCCUUUUACGUGGGUGUAUGGCCUUAAAGGCCACAUGGCUCCUGCUUCUCCUGCAGAAUGACUGUGUGGCCACACCAGCUUCUCGGUGUCAGCAUCAUCUACAGCAGGACAUAGAGACACCUCAGCCGGCCUGUUCUGUGUGCCUGACCCCCAGCAUCUGGGAGUUGACCUUUCCAACCCCUGUGGAUUACUCCUGGAAAACACCUCAGGGCUUCUGUGUUUCAGCCUCAAGAAAGGCAAAAGGAUCUGAAGAGCGGGGUCCUGGAGUUCACCCCUGAGAGGGGGUCGCCUGGUGGAUCCUAGUUGUGCUGGGCACUGAGGUGGGUGGCAGGAGGUCCAGGAGAGGGCUGAGUGGUGGGAGGAGGGCAAGAAGAUCGUGCAAAGGGCGUGCCCGGAAGCCCAUGGCUUGGCCUCUAUGAGGGUGAAGUGCGUCUAUUUUGGGGUCCACCAGCUGUUGGAUUAAAAACCUUCUCCAUGACCUGCAGUGGUGCCUUGAGGCCACCAGAGGGCACAUCAACACCACAGUCUCUGCAUCUGGCUUUCCUCACACCCUCACCUCAGUACCUACCCUGCUGACACUGAGUGGCUUGCAAACUUGUAAAGAAGCAAACCAGCUCAGGCUUAGGCGAUCUGGCUGCCCAGAGGGCUGGUAUGUGUGAAAUGACCCUUCUCUCCCCUUUCCCUGUCCUGGGUCAAAGGUCGCACGCAGCUCUGGUGCCCUCUCUUCCCUCGGUGAGUUACAAUGAGUGUAACAGAGUAGUGGGACCUGAUCUGCCUGGGUCUUGAUUAGCACUGGAGACCAGACAGAGGGAGACAGAGGUUCUGUGAUGAUGAGGUAUCUGUGUGCAGUCUGGAUGAUGAUAAUGACCGCUUGGGAGUGCAGGGGAAUACAGUGGGAACUGUGCCGAGACAGGUCCUCACCCACAGGUGCUGACUGCUGUUCAGUUGUAGCAAAUUGCUGUGGUGUGGGGAUGCAGGGCUGACAGCAGAGAUCUCAGAGAAGCUGGGAAUCGGCGGCUCUUGUAAGAUAGCCAGACUUUAACUCAAACCUGCAGGCGUCACGGAGAGCCCAGAGCCCAGAGCCCAGCCUCAGCUCCUGUGUCAGCAUCGCACACAGUGGCCCUGACUACUAAGCCCUGUGAGGGUGCUGGGAGCUGCAGCCAGGGAGGCUGACCAGGCAGUGUGCCCCUGGUUGCCUUGUCCCCUGGCAUGGGCUGCACAGAGCUCUUGAUGGCACCGGCUGUGGUGGUGUGUACACGGCAAUAAAUACAGCUCAAAAAGCAUUGUUUCUCA